CCCCGGAACAGGAAGUAAAACGUGAUGUUUGCCAAUUGUUCUGUGAAGAACAACAACAGAAAUUGAAAAUGGAGACUCGCUUCACCAGGGGCAAGUCUGCGAUUCUAGAGCGCUCGCUCACCAGACCCAAGACUGAGGUCAGCGUGAGCGCAUUCGCCCUGCUCUUCUCUGAAAUGGUGCAGUACUGCCAGAGUCGGGUGUACUCUGUGUCCGAGCUGCAGGCACGCUUGGCAGACUUGGGUCAAGGCGUGGGGGCCAGCCUGUUGGAUGUGCUGGUGUUGAGAGAGAAGAAUGGAAAAAGGGAAACCAAAGUGUUGAACAUACUGCUCUUCAUCAAGGUGUCGGUGUGGAGGGCCCUGUUCGGCAAGGAAGCGGACAAGCUGGAGCAGGCCAACGACGAUGACAAGACCUACUAUAUCAUUGAGAAAGAGCCCCUGAUCAACGCCUUCAUCUCGGUGCCCAAAGAGAACAGCACGCUCAACUGUGCCGCUUUCACCGGGGGCGUGGUGGAGGCCAUUCUAACACACAGCGGCUUCCCCGCCAAGGUCACGGUGCACUGGCACAAGGGCACCACUCUCAUGAUCAAGUUUGAUGAGGUCGUCAUCGCCCGAGACAAGGCACUGGAGGGCAGAUAGGGUAGAUAGAGUUCAGAGGUAGUAGGAAGUGUGGACUGAGAUGUAAAAGGGAUGUACUGUAUACCCUAUUGGCUGUAUAAUGUAUAGUGCUUCCUUUCCUAUUCCCUAUUCAUUUUAUUGUCCUGACAGAUGUGGAAGAUCGGAGAAAGUACUCACUUUCACUUCCCUAUCUGUUGGCAAGGUCAACAUACUUACUUGAAUAUUGCUACGUGGACGGAGCCAGUUUUUACAACAAUGCAUCAAUUUGUGUACAUGGUUACAGAACUUCCCUACUAUGACUAACCCACUAUAACUACAUUAUACUUCUUCCACUGCCGUAAAUUAACUUUAUGGCAUUUGCAGAAAGUACACAGAUUUUAUUCAGAAACGUUAGCUUUAUGAGUUAUUUGACCUAUUCGGUGCAUUUGAAUCAGUGAGGACAAUGACAUGGAACAAGGAAAGGAAGCUAGUUGAUAGUACGGUAUUCACUAUUUCAAAGGACCUACUCUAAAGGCAGAUGAAAGGGAGGAGUAACAGUAUGGAAAGAGAGGAGUGUGGCUUGAGCAGCUCAGUAGUUCACUAAUGAAAAAACAGAAAUGGUCACAAUUGAAUGCGCUUUAUCCUGGACUGUUCAGCAAGAUCUAAUUUUUGUAAAAAUGGAAUCCCCUGAUUGAACAGAGUUAUCUAGCACUGUACAAUGAUAUGCACUUCGGUCUUAUUUGUAAUAUCUUAUGGGUGGGAAAUGUUACAAUGCUCCCCAUUUUAGACCUGACGAAUCAUUGUGUCAUUGUGGUCCUUCUGUAGCUCAGUUGGUAGAGCAUGGCGCUUGUAACGCCAGGGUAGUGGGUUCGAUCCCCGGGACCACCCAUACGUAGAAUGUAUGCACACAUGACUGUAAGUCGCUUUGGAUAAAAGCGUCUGCUAAAUGGCAUAUAUAUUGUAAAUAUAUGUGUGGCUGCUUUAAUGUUCACAACUUAUUUGGUGCUUGUAUAUUGCUUUGUCAAAAUGUAAAUAAAUACUGUCAAACCUGAAA